GGAGCAUUUCCUCCCAGCUGCUUUGCAAGAACCGCCUCGUUUCUCACAGAGUCCCCGUUGUCCACGCUACACAUGAUCCAGUUGAUUGUGCUCCAUCUUACGUCUUCCACUUUUGCAGGGAAUUUGUCGAUAUUUCUAGCCGGGUAAUCUCUACGGGAAAAUGUCGCGAAAACCUCGUAACACAGGUCUAGAAGAUAAUGGUGGGUUUAUGCGAAAAACUUCCGACGUCCCAAAUGAGCGUUGGUCUAUGAGGGGCUUGAUCAAACGGAUAAAGGCAAAGAAGAAAUCAAACCUUGACGAUAGAUUGGUCAUUGGAAUUGACUUCGGAACUACAUAUUCUGGUGUAGCAUGGGCCACAGUUGAUGACUUAGAGGAUGGCGAGAUCAACAUCAUAACUUCUUGGCCAGGAUCCCGCCGUGAAGAUGGCAAGGCACCUACGGAAUUGUUCUACGAAUACGACAAGGUUAUGUGGGGAUACGAAGUUCCUUCUGACGCUGAUCCAGCUCUUUGGUUUAAACUACUCCUACUGAAGGAGGAAGAUCUGGAUGAAAGCCUGAGACAGUCGGACUACUAUAUUCGCGCAAAGAGAAAACUCACAGAACUUGAAAAACCCCCAACGGAAAUAAUUGCCGAUUACCUUAGGGCCCUGUGGAAGCAUACCCUUGACACCAUUCACAAGUCCCGGAGCAAGUUUGUUAUUGCUGCACUAGCUUUCCACGUUGUUCUUACUGUACCAGCAAUUUGGAAAGACUAUGCCCGCACCAGCAUGCAAGAGGCAGUUGCUAGAGCAGGAAUACUUGAUCACCGUCCUGCAGGUCCUACGACUCUUUCAUUCGUACCCGAGCCAGAGGCAGCCGGGCUUGUAACAUUAUGUGAGCAUGGUGAGAUGCUUAAGACUGACGAUGUAUAUGUUAUAUGUGAUGCUGGAGGUGGUACUGUUGAUCUCAUCAGUUAUAGAAUUGGAGAAUUGAAUCCAAUUCAACUCCACGAGGCUGUUGUCGGCACAGGCGGCCUCUGUGGUGGUAUCUUCAUCGAUGAACAGUUUGAACGGCUAUGUAAGCAGCGGUUGGGACGAAACUGGAACAACCUUAGCCAAAGCGGCAUAAAAGCCAUGAUGAAGGGUGAAUGGGAAUAUGUCUAUAAACCAUCGUACACGGGCAGAGAUGUUGACCGGGAGUUUCCUAUUGGUAUCCCGGAUGAAGCGCUUAGAGGUUCAGGUAUGAACGACACGAAGCGGAAACCUCAUAUUAAAAAUGGCCGUAUCCAUUUUUCAAAUGAAAAUAUUAGGGAAGUUUUUAUGAGCGCAUUUUCGAGUAUUGAAGUCCUUAUUGACGGGCAGGUAAAAAAGGCGGGGGAGAAAAGCCUUUCGGUCCAAGGUAUCGUUCUGGUUGGCGGCCUUGGAGCGAGUCCCUAUCUUUAUAAUCACCUCAAGGCUCGGUACGAGGGUAAAGGCAUUCAGAUUUUACAAGCCGCUGGAAUGAGACCUCGCACUGCAAUAUGUCGCGGAGCUAUAUUGAAAGGAUUCCUUGAUAUCCCCAGUACAGUAGGGGGCGCAUCUUCACACGUCAGUGUUGUGUCGACAAUCGCAAGACGGAAUCUUGGUAUCUCAUCGAACAGCGCUUUCAUAACUGGGGUCCAUGACCCGAGGGAUCGAAUUUGGGAUGGAGAUGAGGCCAUUUGGCGAGCCAAGGGUCAGAUGCAGUGGUAUUUGCGAAAGGGGCAAAGUGUUUCGACUGAAGAACCCAUCCGUCAUGAGUUCUAUAGAACUUUCGCCACGGCAAAAGCAUUUGAGGACAACGGGAGCACCUUCAUUGAUAAGAUUUUGCAGUGCGAGGAUGACAUGCCGCCUUCAAGGAAGACUGAAAAAGUGAGUAUUCUGUGUGAGAUUAGCUGGAACCAUGGUGGUGAGAUAACGUUCGAUUCCUUGGACGACUUUCCUGGCGCGAAAAGCAAUUGCUUGAAGAUUUUGGGAUAUGAGAUUGUGAUGGUGCCAUCUGGAGCAUCAACUGAGUUUGCUAUCUACUACAAAAAGAUGAAGGUGGCAUCCCACAAUGUCCAUGUUAGGUUUAGUCAAUAAACGUGUAGGAGGAAUAGAA